GGGACCCCCCGCUCCGCUCCCCCCCCCCCCCCCCCGCGGGGACCGGGAUCCGGCGGGGGAGGGGCCCAUGGCCGGGGCAGGGGGCUGAGGGGGGCGGCGCAGAGGUAGCGGCGGGACGGGAAGGGCCGAAGGGAGCCGAACCGGGCCCGAAGAGACCCGAACCGGGCCGAAAGGACCCGAACCGGGCCGAAAAGACCCGAACCGGGCCCGAAGAGACCCGAACCGGGCCGAAGAGACCCGAACCGGGCCCGAAGAGACCCGAACCGGGCCCGAAGAGACCCGAACCCGGCCCGAACCCGGCCGAAAGGACCCGAACCGGCCCGAGCCGGGCUCGGCCCGCCAUGGCCCUCAGCGGCCUCUCGCUGCUCCUCGGCCUCCUCAUGGCCUCGGGGGCGCAGGGGGGCUGCGUGGAGGUGGACUCGGAGACGGAGGCGGUGCUGGGGCUCCCCUUCAAGCUGCUGUGCAUCGCCUGCAAGCGCCGCAGCGAGACCCCCGCCGAGGCCGAGGGCGAGUGGUUCUUCCGCCCCGAAGGCGCCCCCGACUUCACCAAGAUCCUCCACUACACCCCGGAGGAGGGCGCGUGGGUGGCGCCGGGCCCGUUCCAGGGGGUGCUGGCGUGGAACGGCUCGCGGGGCACGCGGGACCUGCAGGACCUCUCGGUGCGCCUGGCGGCCGUGGGGCGGCCCCACGCCGGCCUCUACGUCUGCCGCCUCCGCCGCAACCUCACCUUCGAGGGCUACGUCUACAGCCUGGCCCGCAACAAGACCGUGCGCCUGGCCGUCGUCGACGAGGCGCGGCGGGACCUGGCGAGCAUCGUGUCGGAGGUGCUGAUGUACGCCCUCAUCGUGCUGCUCACCCUCUGGCUGGCCGCCGAGAUGCUCUACUGCUACCGCAAGGUGGCCGCCGCCUCGGCCCCGCCCCCCGACAGCGCCUCCGAGUACCUGGCCAUCACGUCGGAGAGCAAGGAGAACUGCGCGGGGGUGCAGGUGGCCGAGUAGCACCCAUGGGUGCCCCCCCCCUCGCCCCGGCACCUCCCCCCCCUGCAAUAACCCCCCGGGGGGGGCGGCACAGCCCCAGCGCCCGCGCCCCCACCCAUGGGUGCCCCCAGGAUGGAGACGGGCGGCGGGGCACCCAUGGGUGCUACUGGAGAGGACUCGGGUGUUGGGGCACCCAUGGGUGCUGCCCUGGAGGAAUCG